AGCACAAAGCAAGUUGAAUACCCAAACAACGGCAACAGAACCAGAACCACAGCAUCAAACAUCGUUACCAUUACAAUUCAGUCCUUUCAACAACAUGUCUCCUGGAAGAACAAAGGAUGAACUGAGAAUCUUUACUCCUGUUGGCCAGUUUGGCCAAGGAUGGAACUCUAGUGUCUUCUGGGACGUGGUGGACUCCGGGGUUGACGCUAUCAUUGCCGAUGCUGGCUCAACCGACAGUGGUCCUGGCCGUCUAGCGCUUGGGAAGACUGCAGCCUCCCCCCAAGGCUACAAGAGGGAUUUUGGCGAGCUGGUCAAGGCUUGCCAUACUCAUGGAGUUCGCUGCCUGAUUGGCUCUGCUGGCGGUUCAGGCUCGAACGAGCUGGUUGACAUGAGUACUCGGCUUAUCAAAGAGAUAGUCGAGGAGAAUGGCUACCGUCCCAUGAAGGUCAUCAGCAUCUACGCCGAGAUUCCGAAGGAGACUGUCCGCCAGAAGUUCAAGGACAAUCUUAUGAGCCCCUGUGGUCAAGCCGUCCCUGAGCUAAAGGAGGACGACAUCGAUUCUGCAGUUCGGAUUGUUGCACAGAUGGGCUUGGAGCCCUACGUCAAGGCAAUGAACGAGAACCCGGACUUCGACAUCAUUAUCGGCGGUCGCUCUUAUGAUCCAGCCCCAUACGCGGCGUUCUGCAUCCAUCAUGGGUUUGAAGAUCUCGGUAUCAAUUAUGCCAUGGGCAAGAUUAUGGAGUGCGGGGCGCAAUGUGCGAUUCCUAAAUCUAGAGAAUCCCUUGCAAUUGUACGUCGCGAUAACUUCGACCUAAUCCCUCUCCAGCCAGGAGCACGCUGCACUCCCUUGUCAGUGGCUGCCCAUCUUCUAUAUGAGAAGAGCAGACCGGACAUACUCCAAGGGCCAGGCGGUGAGCUCCAUACCAAGGAUAUGACCUACGAGCAAGUUGAUGAACGCACGGUGAGAGUGCGUGGCCCUAAGUUCAUUCCACAGCCAGAGGGUGAGUAUACCGUCAAGGCCGAGGCGGCGCGCAUCAAUGGCUAUCAGAACAGUUUCGUUGGGGCUUUUAGGGACCCGAUCCUGAUUUCCCAGCUCGACACUUGGAUCCCUGCGGUCAAGGAGACGGUCGGGGCCAGGAUGUCCGGCAACUACCCAUAUGAGACCAAGAUUAUCACAUACGGCAUCAACGGUGUUAUGGGGGCUCUCGAGCCGGACAAGAGCCUGCCCAAAGAGGUCUGCGUCGUCGUCCAGUGCAGGGCACCCACGCAGGAGCAAGCCAACGAAGUGGCCAACAGGACCAAGAUGGGCUUGACCCAUGCCCCGUAUCCCGGCCAGCUUGCAACCGCCGGAAACUUCGCCUGGCCCAUCACCCCCUGCGAGACCCCGAUCGGCCCGGUUCCCGAAUUCUGCAUGUACCACCUCAUCCACAAGGCGGAUCCUGUGGGCCUGUUCCCCUUCAAGGUGGACGUUUUCGAAGGGUCCAACACGUUCGUUGAUACUCGUGAAAAAGUUGCCGUCAAGGCCGACGCUCUCAUGGGACAACUCAAGGCUCCAGCAGCCACUGCCGGCCAGCCCAAGACUUAUUAUCUGAAGCCCGCGCCGUCCGCAGGGACAUGCUAUCUAGGAGACAUUGCCUCGGUCGUCCGCAGCAAGAUCGCUGGACCCUAUGAAGUGACCUUUGACAUCAUGUUCAAGGAGGAAGAGGUCUACCAAAGGGUGAAGAAGGCGAACGUGCUCUCGGGCGCCGCUGUGGCCAAGCUCUACAAUAUUCCGGAAAGCGAUGUCGUCGCUGCUCUCUGGUGGGACCCUGCGAGAGCGUUCAAAGCCACCAUUCCCCGGUAUCGCGCCUCGGCCGGAUUUGAAGAAACAGACACGCACGGUUCACAACAGCAUGCGCCUCUUCUGUUCCUGACCCUACCUUGGGGUCGAGAGUAGUAGAGAGUGACUUUUGAAGAGGGGAUUAAACGGACGAGAGAUUUGAUCUUGACGGACUCGAUUUGGAUGUAAUUUUCUUUUUUGAAUUAAGUGUUUGGCCUAGAACAAUUCAUCCGUAAAACCCGUACUGCAUCUGAUAGAUCAAUCGAAU